AGACAUGGACAUGAAAAAUGCAUCUACACAAAGCUUGCAGAAUUAAAAGUAAACACUGUCGUCAAUGUGUAUGGUGUGGUUAAAUUUUUUAAGAGCCCUUUUAAGACCAAAGGCUCUGAUUUUGUGUGCACCCUGAGUUUAGUGGAUCCAUCACUGCCUUCUUUGGAUAGUUCUUUUAAAUGCGUAUUAUUUUCCAAGUCAAAGGAGGGCUUGCCUUCGGUCAAGGCUGUAGGAGAUGUAGUUCGUUUUCAGCAUCUUGGAGCUGGUCAUUAUCAGGGUGAGCUUCAGGGAAAAUUCACAGCAGAUUCUUCUUGGUAAGUUUUAAUUCACCACUGCUUUUAUUAUCUCUGCAUCCUGCGUCCCUGAUGCAAAAUAAUUCAUGAAAUGCAUCCCACAGGAUGCAAAGAACAGUUGAUCGAUUUGAAGAUUUUUUGGUAGAGUAUCCUGUUAAUGUGAUUUCUCUGGCUGUUGUUCAAAGAUGCAUAUUUAUUUUAGUCUUUUUUGUGCUUUAAAUAUAUAGAAGGACUGUACUACUAAUUUAAAACUGUAAUAAAGAGUUUUGGCAUCUGUCUCCAGAUUAACUGUCUGGUUACAUAAAGGCUCGCACAUCUUCCAUUUAGGACUCCUUGCUUUUUUUUCUUUACUGGAACUCAAUGGUUAUGGACAUAAGGCUGUGCUCUAGCAGAGCCCGGUGGCCCGUGGCACCUAACUUUUGUUCUCGGGCGACUAGAAAAUCUUUGCUUUUUCAUAGAACCCAUAUUCUGGGCACACUGGAUUUACAAGUUCAGAGCACUGGGCUCUCUUCAAUUUUUCUUAGAGCACAGCCUUGGGACAGGGACUCAUGAUUUUUCACAAGAUGAGUCCCAGGACUCACCAUAACUGUUUUGUAACAAAAUUACUGAUAAACCCUUCAAAUGCUAAGAGUGACCAUGAGUGGGAAUGAUAAUUCUUUUUAUUUUCUUCCAGCAAUAUCUCUAUAUCAUCAAACGAAAGGUUAUCAGAAUUUACAUUAAAUGUUUACUAAAGGGAAAAAAUGCUUUUAUCUUUUAUCAAACCAAAGAGGAUGGGAAAUUGGAUAGAGAUCACCGGAGUAAGGAAGAAACACUUUCCUUUGGUGAUAAAAAGCUUGAUUGACUAGAACUGAUUACUUGUCUCGCUCCUUCACCCUAUAUAUUUUUGUUCUUUUGUUGGCACUCCCCCUCCCCCAUGUCCUCCCUCCUCUCCCUCCUCCAUUUCAAGCACUGGCCACUCAGCAGCAAGGAAAUUUUUAUCAUCGUUUUUUCAGGGUCGUGUUUGACAUACACAGCUCAGAUACUCCACAAGUGAGAGCAUCCUCAUCAAAGUCAUACAAUUUGACCGAUGAUGAAAAAGGUGUCCUUGAAGAACUACAGGCAUGGAGUGCACACAAGGAGGCUCUCAACAAAAGGUUCUCAAUCACCAAUCUGAAAGAUCUAAGUACCACUCACCAUUUCAUAAACUUACUUGCUCAAGUGGUAGCCAUAAGGUGGACAGAAAAAGGUGACAUAGUCUUGACAUUAUGGGAUGGAUCCCUUCCUGCCUGCCAAUCAGUACUGGUUGAUCCAAUCAGUGAAAAGGGGCAAGUCAUGUCUGAUAAACUCAUGCGUAAAGCAUCUAAGCGCUGCAAUGAUGUAAUUCUCUAUGACAACCAUGUCAGAAGCAUUGGUACAAAGAUCUGCCCUGGUGAUUUUGUUUCUAUCAGGAAUGUACAUGUUAAGGAGAGAACAGCUGACAGCAGCGUUACAGCACAUAAUCCUCAGGUAAUUUGUAGCAGUUAAAGGUACAAUUUACAUAACUGCUCUGCAUUAAAUUUAAAAUUGUUUUUUUCAACCUUCAAAGGCAUCCAUGAGCUAUCCCCUUUGUACAUGAAAGAACUGCUAACUCUGUAUUGUUCCGCACACAUGCUUCGAUCAUCAUUUUCCUCACUUUUAGCCCGGACUGAUUAUAACAUGGGGACCUAUGGUGCCAGGGCGUUUGCCAUCUCUGCCACUGAGCUGUGGAAUCAGUUACCUGAUGACAUUAAAUCUAUUGCCAAUUUAACAACUUUUAAAUCAAAGCUUAAGACCUGUUUUUUAAUAUCGCUUUCAAGAAUUAUUUGUUAUCUAAAUUUCAUUUUUUCAUUUUUAUUUUUUACAAUCAUGUGAAUAUUGUGUAAAGGGCAUAAAGCUUCUGUAUAUGCACUAUACAAAUGUUUAUUAUUAUAAUUCUAAUAAUAAUAAUAAUUAUUAUUAUUACAAUUAACCCCAUCUAUUUCUCUAACCUCUUGGCUAGUCAUCAUAGACUAGUGGAUUUUGUUGCUGGGCAAAUAACUUUUACAGCUCGGGUAAGGGUCUAAGCAAGUCAUCCUCUAACAAAAUCAUUGACCAAGACGAGCAAGAAGUGGCCCCAGGCAAGCAAAAUGUAAGAGCUGCUUGCCCAAAGGACAAGAUGGAAAUCAAGUUUUUUUCGAGCCAUGCGAUCACCUACUCUUGUGUCAGAGAUCACCUAGUACUCUUCUGUCAGUGCAGCGGUUUUCACUUAAACUUUUGGGUUAUGAAGCUAGAUCUAGUGUACAUACAUAAACCUCACCUUAUCUGCCAGCCUCCCGUCCAGACUGUAGCAUUAGUUAAAAGAACAAGCAUGGGAAAAUACUCUUUGAAGACAUAGAAUAAAUAACUAGUCUAUUAAUUUGUUAGGCCCUUCAAUGUCACGAUCUCUUUUUCCGAAGGUGGCCGCUUAAUAGAAGAUUGCGUUUUUGUAACUGCAUUAUUACAGUGCAUGUAUUGUUUUUAACACCGUUGCCAUUGUGAGUUUGAGGGUAAAAUGUCGUCGUACUUUGGCCCACGGGAGUUUAGAGAGCAUGCAAACUCAGCAUGGUCACUUGUUUGCAGACCUUGUACAUGUGCUUAACGUCAAUGCAAAAAUUCUCUUAUCCUGCGUGGCAAGCGUUUCCGCGCGAGUUAGUCCAGAAAGUUUUGCGCUCUCCAACUUUUCGCGCAAUAAAUCGAUUGAAAGCGCUUGCAACGUAGUCUAAAACUCUCUAGAGUAUAAUCUUUGCUCUUUUUUUACAACGCUAAUCUCCUCUUCCAAUUCACCCUUAAAACGUGCAUUAAUCAAUGUAAUGCUGUCUUAUUUUACUUGCAGUUAGCAGAGUCACGUCCUCUUGUAAGCCUAGAAGUCCACAGGGGUACCAUUUGUGGACGCGGAGUUGAAAUUCUUUCAGCUAACGACCCUCAAGUGACGUCAAGUGCAAUGAUGGCAUUCAUGGCCAAAGCAGAGGAAUUAAUGAUACAGCAGGAGGAGAGUGAUGCUAUGGACACCUCUGAAAGUGAAGGUAUUAAAAUAACGACGACACGACCCUUGGAUCAGUGCUGUAAAGUACAGGAAAAGAGUAGCGCCGGUGAAGAGAGCUGUCAAGGUAUAGCCCCUGUUCACAAUAUUGAAAGCCAGGCUCUCCAAACUUCAAUGAAUCCACAACCUCUGGAUCAGUGUGGUGAAGUACAGGAAAAGUCCAGUGGCGCCGGUGAAGAGAGCUGUCAAAAUAUAGCCCCCGUACACAAUACUGAAAGCCGGGCUCUUCAAACUUCAUGCACAAUAACCGAGCAUCCCUGUAUUCCAUUCAUGUCUAUACGGGACAUCAAAGCAUGCAAAACGGUUCCUAACAAAUUCCGCUGCAGAGUCAAAGCUGUGAUAUUCUUGCCAUCGGAAGUGAAAGACUUCGUGCGAAGGUGCUGCCAGUCUUGUAGAUGCAUGUACAGAGAUUGCUCUGGCUCUUCCAGUGCGACUGGUGCUUCAGAAUCAUCUGUGCUAUGUACCAAAUGUAACCGAGAGACAACUCUAGUCUAUCUGUUUUCCUUUGUUAUUGAAGAUAAUUCGGGAGUUCUCCAGGCCAUGGUCUUCGACAAGGAUGCCGAGACUUUCUUUCCAAAUCUUCCUUCACCUCAAGAUUUCGUAGAGCAAACUACUUCCCAGCAUCUUCUGAAAGAAUGGAUGUUAUCUAUAACCCAGAAUCUUGAAAACUCGCUUAAACUUGUUGCACCUAACCAGUAUGACAUAAGACCGUGGCUAGAACUCUGUAUCUUAUCAUAUAUUCCUGAAAAUCAAGGUCAAGGAAAGGUCCUCUAUCGGGUGUUUGAUUCCACAUUUGUUGGAGAUUCUUAG